CCGAGCAGAGAAACCCCUAUUCCCCUUCGUCCUCCUCCCCCCUUCCGCUCCUAGCUAGGGUUUUGCCUGCCCGCCGGCCUGCCGUCAGCGACGCCCGGCGCAGCCAGCCAGCGCGAUGGAGCCCACCUCGUCGUCGGCGGUGGCGAGGCAGACGUGGGAGCUGGAGAACAACAUCCCGGCGGCCGCCUCCGACCCGGACGCCAUGGACGCGAUCUACCACUACGACGAGGCGGCCAACGCGCGGGCCCACCAGGAGAAGCCCUGGGCCACCGACCCGCACCACUUCCGCCGUGCCAGGAUCUCCGCCCUCGCGCUCCUCAAGAUGGUCGUCCACGCCCGCGCCGGCGGCACCAUCGAGAUCAUGGGCCUCAUGCAGGGCAAGUUCGAGGGCGACUCCAUCAUCGUCAUGGACGCCUUCGCGCUCCCCGUCGAGGGCACCGAGACCAGGGUCAACGCCCAGGCCGACGCCUACGAGUACAUGGUCGAGUACUCCACCAUCAACAAGCAGGCUGGAAGGUUGGAAAAUGUGGUUGGCUGGUACCACUCACAUCCUGGUUAUGGAUGCUGGCUGUCAGGCAUUGAUGUUUCAACUCAGAUGCUUAAUCAGCAGUUUCAAGAACCAUGGUUGGCUGUUGUGAUAGACCCUACAAGGACUGUUUCUGCUGGUAAAGUGGACAUUGGAGCUUUUAGGACAUACCCAAAAGAUUACAAGCCACCGGAUGAGCCUGUGUCUGAGUAUCAGACCAUACCACUCAACAAGAUAGAAGAUUUUGGUGUUCACUGCAAACAGUACUAUUCUUUGGAUAUAACCUAUUUCAAGUCAUCCCUGGACUCUCACCUCCUUGAUCUACUCUGGAACAAGUACUGGGUCAACACAUUAUCUUCAUCACCACUUCUGGGCAACAGGGAUUAUGUUGCUGGACAAAUCUUUGAUUUAGCUGAUAAACUAGAGCAAGCUGAAGGGCAACUGGCACACAGUCGAUUUGGCAUGCUUAUGCCAUCACAGCGAAAGAAAGAGCAAGAGGAGUCGCCGCUGGCUAAGGUAACCCGGGAUAGCUCCAAAAUUACUGCUGAACAGGUUCAUGGUCUCAUGUCACAGGUCAUCAAGGACAUCCUCUUCAACUCUGUGCACCCGUCAAGCAAAAGCAAGGCAAGCGGAAGCGGAACCGCCCCAGAUUCACCUGUGCCUGAGCCCAUGGUCGAAGCAUGAGAGUUCCAGUGAAAUGCCUUCACAUUUUGAUGCUGGAUUAACCUACACCGGGCUUGCGAGCCGUUUCAUCACUUCGAAUCGUGGCCAGCAUAGUUAUCUGAUUCGAACUUUCGUCGGCUGGGAGCUUCAUCAUCUGUCAAAUCAGAAUUUGCAUGUAAUUACGAGUUACCUUUUGCAUCUAGUGAUGCCACUGAGAGGUUCUGUUAUUUACUUUUAGGAGUUUGGUUGAAGUCACCUUGGGUAAACUAUGCGGCUAUUAUGUUGGUGGAUGUUGAUUGCCUUUCUGAUUGGUUGGCACAAUCUAGCUAUGUUCAAGGUCUCUUAUCAAA